CUGGAAGCCGGCGACGUCAUCGUCGAGGUCAACGACACACGCGUGGUCAGCUUUACAACGAAAGAGGUGCUCAAAUGCCUGAGGCUCGCCAACGAUGUGGUGACACUCAAAAUCAAGAAAGACCCGGCGAUCCAGGAGCGCGUUCGCCGUCAGAUGAUGGCGGCCGCCUCCGGUGAGCGCCGCAAGUCCCCUCCGCCGUCGUCCGCGGCGGGCGACGCCGGUCCCGGCGUCGCGACGUCCAAGCAGCGCCAGCAGAACGGAGCGGCCGGCGGUGCUUUGCCUCGAGACGCCGCUGCGGACGCCCCCGUCGACGACGACCCCGAGAGCCCGCUGAUCACGUCCUCGUCGUCCCCGUCGCCGCCGUCGUCGGCCAGCGCCCUGCCGCGCAAGUGCGAGCUGUUCACCAUGACGGGCGACCUGAUCAUCACCAAAGCAAGCACGACCAAGAAGCCCGUGCUGCCGUCGGCCGUAGUGCGCACCCAGUCGACGCCGACGAGUCCCGGCGGCGGCCUAGACCCCCAGCGGGGCACCAAGCGGGAGGCGUCCUCUCUGCAGAGCCCCGUGGCCGAGAAGAAGGGCUCGUUCGGUGUCCGGACGUCUCGCAGCGACGACCACCUGGGCAAAGGUCGGAGCGUGGCCGCGGUGAACAUCGACAUCGACGACGACGAGAUGGCCUCGUCGCUGAACACGCUGCUCGACACCAAGCAGGACGACAGCCGCGUGCUGUGGACGUACAACUCGGCGGGCACCGGCAGCUCGUCCGAGGACAACACGGCGGCCACGGGGACCUCGUCGUCGUCUGGUCGCCGCCAGGACGGCGAUCUGAGCGAGCCAGAGUGCUGCACGUCCGAGAUGGCCUCGGCGUUCGGGUCGGAGGAAGCGGACCGCGUGCACGCGAGCGAGCUGGACCUGACGUCGCCGAGUCAGCUGUCGCCCGAGAACGAGGACGGCUUCUCGCGGGAGGACGACUGGAUCGCCGAGCCGGACCUGAGCGAGUCCCAGUUCCGGCACCCCGCGCUCGACGCGGCCUUCAGGCGGGGCUCCAGGAAGAUCCAGCACUCCAGGUCGAACGGGUCCACGGCGUCCAAGACGGACGCCUCGGAGACUCUGGAGCUGGACUCCCCGCCCUCGGUGCACUCCGGGGGCACUCUGGAGGAAGAAGCCGACCUGGAGAUGGCGUACGAGGCGGCCACCGCUGCCUCUACCGCGGCUGCCGCAGCGUCCGAUUCGGGGGCCGGCGUGGGCGGCUGCUGCUCUCCCACGGGCGACGAGGAGUCCGACGCCGAGUCGCUGCACAGCUUCCACUACAGCCCCAAGGCCGUCGACAUGCCGUCCGCGUCGCGCCUCGCCAAGAGGCUCUACAACCUGGAGGGAUUCAAGAAGUCCGACGUGUCCAGGCAUCUAAGCAAAAACAACGAAUUCGCCCGGGUGGUAGCCGAGGAGUACCUCAAAUUCUUCGACUUCAAUCAGCGGCCCCUGGAUGCCGCCCUGCGCAUGUUCCUGCACCGGUUCUGCCUGAUCGGCGAGACGCAGGAGCGGGAGCGCGUGCUCGUGCACUUCUCCAAGCGCUACCUCGACGCCAACCCGGGAGCCUUCAAGUCGCAGGAUGCGGUGCACACGCUGACUUGCGCGCUGAUGCUCCUCAACACGGACCUGCACGGAGAGAAUAUUGGCCACAAGAUGACCUGCCUGGAGUUUGUAGAGAACUUGGCGGAGCUCAACGAAGGCGAGAACUUCCCCAAAGACGUGCUCAAGGCCUUGUACAUGUCCAUCAAGACGGCACCUCUUGAGUGGGCUGUGGACGACUCUGAACAAGACGGUACUUCCUCUCAAGAUAAUCAGUCCAAUGCGUCUGAAGCCAGGCCUGCGGGAUUCAUUGGCCACAACCCAUUCUUGGAGGUCCCCAACCCGAACUGUGCUACGGAGUACAAGAAAGGUUACGUGAUGCGCAAGUGCUGCUUGGAUCCGGGAGGCAAAAGAACUCCCCUGGGAAAGCGUGGCUGGAAGAUGUUCUGCGCAACGCUACGGGAUCUUGUACUCUAUUUGCACAAGGAUGAACAAGGAUUUCGCAAGAAUCAGCUGUAUGAAAGCCUGCAUAACUCUAUUCGAAUCCAUCAUUCAUUGGCCACCAAGGCAACAGACUACACCAAGAAGCAGCAUGUGUUCCGACUACAGACAGCAGACCAGGCAGAAUACCUCUUUCAAACAGGCGAUGCCAAGGAACUGCAGAGCUGGGUAGACACACUCAACUUUGUGACUGCCAGCCUGUCAGCGCCACCCCUUGCCGGUGCAGUGGGCAGCCAGAAAAGGUUCCAGCGGCCCUUGCUUCCUGUCAGCCACACCAAGCUAAACCUGAGAGAACAGCUGACAGAUCACGAGAAUCGUAUUGUGUGGCUGGAGAAGGAACUGGAGGAGCAUGUGGCAAACGCUCCCGAGAAAGGAGCCAAGUCUCGUGCAGUGGCGGAGUUCGUCGAAAAAGAAAAUUUCCUCCAGUGUGAGUUGAGGAGAUACCGCACUUACGCCUACCUGCUACGCUCCAAGAUGGCCCAGUACCCCGAGCUGGUACCAGCCCUCGUCGAAACGAGCAUCGGCGAGGUGGACGAACCCGACCAGAACCACAGCAGCGGUAACGGCGGCGGUGCUUGCGUUCUGGGCCCACCCUCCUCCCUCUCCUCCUCUCCCCCACGGACUAAGCACCAUGCGGGUGUCCACAAGGGCACGGUGCUAACGGGGAUGCCGGGACCCACUUCGAGCUCCCCUCGCAGUUCCCCCACCCGAACCAAGAGGCCCACACAAGACCGCCUCAGCUACCGAACGGCGGUCCAGAAAGGAAACGACUUUAUCGCAUAGCUCGUCGUCGUCGUCGUCAUCGUCGUUUCCCCACUGCGACAGAGCUAGAAGCCCCUUCUCGUGGCAUUACCUAACGUCGUCCUUCGAGGCCGGCAACCCCUAGCGGAGGUUUGUAUCGAAAGAGAGCUUCGAGGCGUUCCUUCUGUCUGGAGCCGAGGCCGGGAAAUCAGAAUCUGACUUGCGAAGCUCGUUGUGCACGACGCGUCUGUCAAGCGCAGUUCUUGAAAUGUUGAGACUUGGAACUGCGGAAGCUAGACCGUGGAAAAGCGCUGAAAUUCCCGCAAUAUUUAUCUUUCUAGGUUGAGAUUUAAUCGAGGGUGUGAACGGACGACGGAGACGGUAAUUUUCUAGGUUUCCGAGUCAACUCGUGGCGAUGCCUCGAGGUUGACCGUCUGCCGUUGCGAGUGCACCGAUUAUGCUAGAUGUAUCUGUGGUGAUGAGAAUCGUGUGGCGACGACAAACUCAAAGCCUACGGAAGGCUGAAAAACGUUAAAUUGAACAAAUGUGAAGGAACGUGCUAGAGUGGUUCUUUUGGAGGGAGGGUGCCCAAGUGGAGAGGGGGAUUUUGGAUGCUGUUUCAUGCGAACCUCUAGCCAUCGAAACUGAACUGAGAAGAAUGCAGCGAGUGUGCUUUGUUUGACUAGCUUGAAGCCUUCAAGCGAAGGUGUGGAACAAAAUUGUUCAUAAUAGAGUUUUCAUGUUGCCCCACUUGAGACCUUCGGAGGAAUUGAGACCUUUCUCAUUUACUUUGUCUUAUUUAAAUAGAAAUUUUUUCAUGUUUUUUUUUUUUGUUGUUGUUUUUUUUCCACUUUUUUUAUGCAUGCGCACACGACACAGACCUUCUUUUAAUUCAUUUUCAGAGAUGUUUUUGAGCUUCUACUAAUGUCGAUAUCUGUAAAUAGCAUUUUAUACAUAGAGCUGUUUAUAGUGAAUGCUAUAUUUAAGAACCAUGCCAAAAAAAAAUAACUUGCCGGGUUUUUUCAGCGACGAUUCUCAGACCUAUAAUUGAGGUGAGCUCACGCAUGCUUUUUCUUUGGUGCCGUGGUGGCUGAAAAUGCUAAAUGGGGCAUUGCUAGGGCUUGACUUCUCCGGUGUCGGGCGGAAUGAUAUAAGAGGAGCAAAUUGAUUCUUUCUGUCUAACAACCUGUGUUUUUCAACAAUUUUAAAUAUUGAACUUUUUUUUUUUCUCUCCUUUGCCUUGAAUCAGAGAUAGCAGGCAAUCUCAUCUCGAAACAGCUCUGGAGUUGCAUUUAAAACUGAAUGUUGGGACCAACUUGUGAGUAAGCACUAUAUUCUGGCUGCUCCACAGACGGAGCAUCGAGACAUGCAGCUUUUCUCUCCAAAUUUGUAGCCUUACAUGUUCGCUUAGUAUAUUUGAUAUUCAUAAAAUGCACAACCUUCGCUGGACAUUUUGGUGCACAAUCUCGAUUCCCACAGGUCGAUAUGUCUUUGACUGUGACCUAUUGCUGCAGUCUACAAAUAUGGUAACUAACAAUGAUAACAUCUGUACCAGUGUGCUUUGUAUGGCAUGGGUCACUUUUGAUAUCUCGCAUGUUUUCCGUUUGCUCGUUUUCAACAAAUUGCAACUCAUCUUUAGCAUUUACUGUGCCAUAUGUAAGUUGCGGUCUUGUUUUACUACAGCAGGAUGCAAUAACAGAGCAGUGUCGCACAUGAAAUGAGGCUUCUAUCCAAGCUUUUAUUGAUUUGGUUUAACUUCACUUAAUUGUGAUUGUGUUUGUAAUUGUUGUAUUAUCAUAAGUGAAUCAGGCUGUGGACAUUGUUGAAGUACCACUGUCACUGUCCUGCUGUGGUAAAUACUGCUGAAUGAUUUUUAAGUGCUAGUCAAGAAAAGUAUUGGAUACAUACAAUAGUUCUUAUGCAAGUAUUACUGGUGUUCUAUUCUCUCCAGAUAUCAAUAUUAAAGUUAAAGAUUUUACCUACCCAUUGUGACGGAGCAAUAUAUAUUUGGCUUGCGAGUAUCUGAGUGCUAUCUUUCUCUGAUGGAGUCUGAAUCACGAGGAAAAAUUGCAUUGAAGCUGCUUAUAAAAAUAGAUUAUUUACAUUUAAGCCUUCUUUUUUUCUAACCUGUCUCGGUGAGAUUUAAUCUCAUGUCUAUCCAUCAGAAUCGUCUGUAAUUACUCAUUGGAAGCCUCAGUUGAAUGUCACAAGCUUUUUAGUUUUGGGAGUGCACAUGUGGUGCUGUUCUUAAGCUAGAAGAAACUUGCUGGCUAUGUGUUAGCUUUCUGCCAAGAAGAGAAUGGUACACUCACCAGUAAUAGACAUUUGAUUCUGCUCUCUCGAGUGUUGUCACUGAAAAGGUGUUUUGAAAAAGUUGCUAGGACACUUUGGCACUGUAUGUGAAGUCUUGUGCGUAGUACUACCAACACAUAUCCUCAUUUAGUUUUCAGCAUAGAGGUAUAGCCAUGGUCGAAUGUGCUGUUCUAAUACUCUGAUUUAUUUUCUUUUUUCACUUCUUAAAGCUUGCUUGCUUUUCAAAUAGCACAUUUACAGUUGUGCUUGCUGUCCCCGAGAUCUGUAUGUUGUACCAUCUCCAUUUGAAACGAUACUCUGAUGAGGAUCGAUGCAAAUAUGUUUUUACCAAAGUGUGUACCCACACAGGCAGUGCCCAGAGUGGCUCAUAGGAACGAGAGAAUCGCCAUGUUCCGUGGACAACCUUGAAAAGCUGUAGUCUCAAAGUGUUCCUUGUCAGUCGAAGAAUUACAGUGCUGCAAAAUUUAUUGUCAGAGCGAAGAAAUGUCUUAAUAUUGAAAGGAAGCAUCCAACUCACUUGUGUCGAAGGAAACUACCGUGCCAAUACUAUAACUACGACCUUUCUCUGCUUUUGGAUGUGUUCAUGGGCUUAUGCGGAGCCUGGGAAUCGAUGAAUGAGACAGUGUUUGAACACAGAGACGCGAAUGGUGUUUAUUGCGACGGUUUAUUGCAAUGACUCAAAUACCAUGAGUUUUUGUUUUUUCUGGGGUAGCGUUAGAAACACGCAGUUCAUUUGAUUUCUUUUUUUUUUUUUGUAACGAAUGUUGCCGGAAGUCAAUGAGGAAAGCGUGUUUGUACUAUGGAAGCCAAAGAAGCGUCGCGAGUCGUGGGAACGGUGUGGCCAUGCUCCAAUAAUAGUGUACGUGUGGAGAGACUACGCGCAAGGUGCGUCGGUGAUUAAGGCCUACCGAGGGAGCCCCUGGCGGGUUUGGCACUCUUCAAUCAGUUGUUUUCGUCUUCGUGUCGCGCUCUCCUCCACCUUCCCGAUAUUUCCCGCACCCCGGAAAGUGCUUCUAUAGUGUGUGCCUUAGAGUGGGUAGCAAAUGUUGCUUCUGCAUAUCUUAGCGGUUCUACUUACGUCCGUUCUCCCGUGAACUCUCCCGACAAUAGCUCCCCCCGCCCUCGGCGGCGACGGUGGUAGCAGCGCCGUGCGCUCCGAGGUUUUCGUUUUUCGGCGACUGUGCGCGACUUUUGAAAUUGGCGCCGCGGUUGAAGGGGAUAUCACCGGACCGGACUUGGGUCGACGUGAACACUCUUGUUUGGGCGCUGACGCCGAUCUGCUCUCUGAGCAGCGGCCAAUGACGUGCCGAACCGUGGGCAUGGCUCUCGUUGAACUUCUGGAGCGACGCUGGAAAAACAAUAAAAGUUGGAUACAAAAGGCA